UGGGGUGGGUGGGGGGGGGUUCAGGUGAUCGGUGGGGGCAGAGGAGAGUGGUCCUGAAGGGAUGUCGAGCAGUGGACUUGCGAUCAGUGUCCCCAACUCAGAAGAGAGCGUCGUGUUCACUCAACUCAAACCAGUGGCCAUGUCUGUGGGGAACCCGGAGGAGCACUCGGUCUUCGAGGACAUCAAACCCAUCAGAAUGCCGGAGAGUACCCACGACCUGACCCAGUGCCACGGGAUCUCUAACAUCCACCUGAACAGGCAGUCGGGACCUCGAUUUAACACCUCAACCGAAAGACGGAAUCUCCAACAGCAGGCCCAUGUAUUUUUAGGGGAGGACACCAUUAAAUCGUCAGGCUUUCUGAAGUCCCAUUUGCUCCACUUGUUACAGUCAUCAUCUUCAACACCAAGUCAGGCCAGACUGGAGAUGGACAAGUACCUGCCAUUCCCCAACCCCCCGGCCCCCACAAUCCUGGAACAAAAGAAAUACCGGAGAGAGAGUGCGUCCGUGGUGGACGAGUUCUUCGAGGAGCAGACUUCUCCGUACAGCUUGAACAUUAACCUGAUCCUUCCCGAGAUCACCCACCUGAGAACGGGUCUGUACAGGCCACCCAAGCAACCGCUCGCCCAAGUCAAGUCCGAGCCGGUCACCGCUUUCACCCAGUCCUGCUCGGUGGCCAACCAACAGAGCCUGCCUGAGUUCACCAGUGUUUUCAGCGUUCCGCAGUCCGUUCCCGUCAACAACAUCUUCAUAAAGCAGGAAGCCCCCUCGCCGGAGCUCCAGAUGUCAACCAGCUCCCACGAGCAGCAGCUUUACCAGCUGCCGGUCACCGCCAACUGCAACAUGGCCUUGAGCGGCCCACAGCCACACGGUAACACCACAGUCAUCGAGAGUCUUAAUGGUGUUACCAUGUCAACGAGGAUGGCCGGGGUCACCAGCUUGCCUGGCCGGUCGGCGGUCAAACAUUUCCCCAGCCCGAACGGCUUUGCGGUGCCGUCUCAGUUUUACCAGCAACAGCCGGCUACCUACCUGCCCCCCUCGCCCCCGAACUCCAUCCCCAGCAGCCCGGAAAACCAACACGACAUGAUCAGCACGCUCUCCCCACCGCCGUCAUACGCCGCCACCGUGGCCUCCAAGAUACGUCAGCGUCACCCGCAGAUCCAUCCUCUCCAGACCAGCCUGCAGCCCACCAUGCUGCCCACAAAAUACAACCGGCGGCACAAUCCGGAGCUCGAGAAGAGACGCAUCCAUCACUGCGACUUCCCAGGCUGCUCCAAGGUUUACACCAAGAGCUCGCACUUGAAAGCGCAUCAAAGAACCCACACAGGUGAGAAGCCUUACAGAUGCACGUGGGAUGGAUGUGACUGGCGUUUCGCUCGUUCAGAUGAACUCACACGGCACUACAGAAAGCACACAGGGGCAAAACCAUUCAAGUGCAUGGCUUGCGGCCGCUGCUUUUCACGCUCAGACCACUUAGCUCUUCACAUGAAGAGACACCAGAACUAGGUUGAAGGCCGUUUCCCAGACAAGGGGGUUUGACUGAUCUUUAAUGUACAGAUGAACAAAGUACUGCCAUUAUAUACACACACACACACAAACACGCACGCAUGCAAACACACACACUUGAAUACCCUUAUAUACAGAAGAUAAAUAGUUUUAUUCUUGCAAGGAUAUAUGUUUGGUAGGAAAAAAACAGUUAUUUAACUGGAAGCCAAUUGUGCAAAGCAUUAAUUCGCCCAAAAAGAAGUCCAGGACUUUUUUUUGUAUUGUUAUUUAUUUUGUGUUUCCUGGAAGCAAGCCUGCUCUCCUACACCUGAAAUAUUGGUUCGGUAGAAAAAAAAGUGAAAGAGUUAAGAUGCUAAAUCACAGAUCACCAAUAAACUGAGAUUCAACAUGUAAUAUUGCAGUCUGAUUAGUUAAGAAUCUUGAUUGAAGGGGAUAGAAUCAAGGGAGUCAGCAGUACUGAAGUCUAAACAGUACUGUCUAUUGAAGAAGCAUGCAAUAAAAACAAUGUUUUGUGGGCUAACGGGAACGUGGGUAGAUUUGAACUCAAAAGAUAGGCACUUUGCUUAGAUUAAAGCACUAAAAUUGUAUCUGGCACAGCCACUCCAACACACCAGCUGAUAGACAAAGGCUUUUUUGCUUCACUUUAUGAUGGUGGCAUUCGUUCCACGACUUCAAACACCAACCAGUCAGUCAGGCCUCGUAGCACACGUGAGCUCUCAAUUCCACAUUGUGCCUUAAACAAAAAAAAAGACGCAAAUGAGGUAGUUCUUCAGCGAAUGUCCAGCUGUUACUGUUCUAAGCCAAUGUGCUGAAAACUUAAGAGAGCAUCUUAACUUACAACCAGCCGCUGGAUUAAAUGUACUCUGAACGUUGCCUCUAGACUUUGUGCCAAGAUGCCCUGCUGUUACUCUAAUGAUUGUGAUGUGCGUGGAUUGAUGGACACUGACUGCACUGAUUAUGUGCAUUUGGACAUUAAAGGCAAUUUGACUUCUGUGCAAGGCUCGGGUACCAAUGAACUGUCAGGCAUUGAGUUGUGAAGAAGAUUCAUUGAGAAAAUGUUGAGUAAAACUCAUCAUGGUGGGGAAAUGAAAUGCCUCAGAGCCAAAUGCUCAACAGAACUCGCAAACACAAGCAUGGGGGGUGGGGGGGGGGGGGGGGGCGUGACUGGUAACCAAUGGUUUAGGGUGAUCUUACUGUAUUAGCCAAUUUAAAUAAUUUGAUUACCAAUGGUUUUAAGGUUGAUUUGUCCAUUGCUGUUUUUUUCCACCCUCCCAUUUUCCAGCUAUGAUUGUUGACUUCCUAUCAGAUAGCCUUCACAAGCACUCACAUCAAUUGGGGGAAGGAUGACAUGCAAAGAGCUGUGACAAUCAUGGGUGGAUCAACUUGGGGAGGGGGUGAAUAGCUUGGAAAAGGGCACCUUGUUGCAAUAUUGAAUGGCACCUUCUGGAAAGACAGGCAGAGAGCUCAAAAUGUCUUUAAAAUGGAUACAGAUUGCUUACAAAUCAAGGAGAAACAGAAUGGCUGAUAAGGAUCCCACUUGGGACUGGAUGGAUCCCAGAACCAUCUAAGACUAAUAACAAUAAUAAUUAUAAUAAUAAUCAUCCUUACAUUUGGUACAAUGCCUUUCACUUCGGGAAGUCGUCUCAAAGCACUUCAUAAGAUGUAUGUUCAUAAGAGGAGUAACUAUGUUUCGUGGAUAACGUGACAGCCAAUUUGCAUAUAGCAACAUGUAACAAACAGCCAUGAAAUGAAUAAUAUCACAACAACAAAAAUUACAUUUGUAAAGUGCCUUUCACGUCGGGAGGACGUCCCAAGACGCUGAAUUCACUUAAUUUUGCAAGUGAAGUGUUGAAAGCAAAAUUAUUGGGAACUUCCAAAUAGCGAAUGCUCAUUAGUUAUGAUGUUACUCAAGUGUCAUGAUUAACUAAUGGUCGCAUUAUCGAAUGGAGAGUUUACACUAAACAUACAGACCAUAGUAUUUUCAGUUAUAGUCUGAUACCAAUGACCCAAAGAAACAAUGGAAUGUAAAUACUGGGAUAUUUAGUGUUGUAAAUANUUUUUUAUAAUUUGUUAAAAUACUGUUUAUAUUCAGAACAAAGGGGGAAAAAAAGUGGUGGUAGGNUUUUUUGCUUCAGUUUGUUUUAUUCCUUAUUUUUAUAAUGUAGUUCCGCAAAUCUGAAGAAAAGAAUCAAAAGUAUAAAUGAAUGCUCAAUUUCUGGGUUGAAAAAGAAUUCUUAAUCCAUUAAUGCAGUUGUGCUGGAUUUUGGUUAAAAGCUGUACACUGUAUAAUAAGAGAAAUAAAGAACAAAAUAUGAAAUAAA